UUUUUAACUUAAUGCAUGACAACUGUACCCUGGUUCACUUCUGACAGGAUACAUAAACUAAGCACAGGAGGGGAGAUCCCACCCACACCCUCCUCUUUUGGAGGGAGACCCCCUUGCACGAGAGAGCGCGCGGCCACCAGGCAAUUAAAGCGGGAUUCCACCCCGCGCGUGACGUCAGCGGCGUGCGUGCCCCUCCCUCGCGCUAUAAAAGCGCCCGCGUUCCGCAGUCGGCUCAGCACUGUUCUCCGGACAGCUCCCGGUGCUGAAAGUCCGGGCAGGGUUGCCACGCUCGGGCCGUCCCUGAUGUCGCUCGCGGGCAGGCUCCUGCUGGCCCUCCUGGCCUCCUGCGGCCUUUUCCUGCCGGGGGGCGGGCAGGGCUUCGGCCAGACGCGCUUCAUCUGCACCUCGGUGCCCGUGGAUAUGGACAUGUGCACCUCGUCCAUGCAGAGCGGCGGCGGCGGCGGGGAGGACCUGAAGACCACGGUGCUGCAGCUGCGGGAGACGGUGCUCCAGCAGAAGGAGACCAUCAUGAACCAGAAGGAGACCAUCCGGGAGCUGACCACCAAGCUGGGCCGCUGCGAGAGCCAGAGCUCGCUGGAGGCGCUGCCCGCGGAGGGCAAGGGCUCCCCCGGGCGGAAGCAGCAGCCGGGCUCCGCCAAGAACACCAUGGGAGACCUCUCCCGCACGCCCGCCGCCGAGACCUUGAGCCAACUCGGGCAAACUUUGCAGUCGCUCAAGAUCAGGCUGGAAAACCUGGAGCAAUUCAGCCGGAUGAAUUCGUCGAGCCAGACCAACUCCCUGAAGGAUAUCCUCCAGAACAACAUCGACGAUUUAGAGAAGCAAGUGCUGUCUCGCAUUAACAGCCUGGAAGAAGGGAAGUACAACCCGAAGAACGAGUCGGAAGAAAGGGGGAAGAUAGAAAGCACUUUAACGUCCCUUCACCAAAGGAUCAGUGAGUUAGAGAAAGGCCAGAAAGACAAUAGACCCACAGACAAGUUUCAGCUGACUUUCCCUUUGCGAACCAAUUACAUGUAUGCCAAGGUGAAAAAAAGCCUGCCAGAGAUGUACGCCUUCACUAUCUGUAUGUGGAUAAAAUCAAAUGCUUCCCCGGGUGUUGGGACACCUUUCUCUUAUGCAGUACCUGGACAAGCCAAUGAGUUAGUGCUUAUCGAGUGGGGCAACAAUCCCAUGGAGAUCCUUAUCAAUGACAAGGUAGCAAAGCUUCCUUUUGUCAUAAAUGAUGGAAAAUGGCACCACAUUUGUAUCACGUGGACAACUCGUGAUGGUGUCUGGGAGGCUUACCAGGAUGGCACACAGCGAGGCAAUGGGGAAAACCUGGCCCCUUAUCAUCCUAUCAAGCCACAAGGGGUUCUUGUUCUGGGUCAGGAACAGGAUACUCUUGGAGGUGGAUUUGAUGCUACCCAAGCCUUUGUGGGAGAACUGGCCCAUUUCAACAUCUGGGACCGAAAGCUCACCCCGGGGGAGAUCUACAACCUUGCCACUUGCAGCACCAAAGCUCUGUCUGGUAGUGUCAUAGCUUGGUCUGAGACCAACAUUGAUAUUUAUGGUGGAGCCACCAAAUGGACAUUUGAAGCCUGUCGCCAGAUCAACUGAAAGUGCUGAUUCUCCCCCUUCCCAUUUAAAAUUCAUUUAACCCUUGGUUAACAGACAUUCUCCCCUACCCAGGAGUGAAUUAUGGACAAAUCUAUUUCCUUUUUCUGAGUUUUUUUCCUUUAAAAAGAGAUUCUAUGGGUUCUCCUAAAGAAUCAAUCACUUUUUAAUUAAGUAAUUAUUUUGUUUUUGUCUAGGAGACUUGGGCCAAGUCUUCUCUAAGGCAACUGGAACCUUUCAUCCUGACAAUUUGGGGGGUUCACUGUUUUUAUCCCAUCCUUCUUUUGUCCUAAUUUUCUCCCAUUUGGAUUGGGACUUUAUUCCCUUUCCAUUUUACUAUCUGAAGUCUCAUGAUAAAUGGUCUAAUUUUUCUGGCUUGCCAACUUCAUUUUGAAGCCUGAGUGCCUUUGGGCUGGUGCGACUCUUUCAGCACAUUUCUCUUCAUUUGCAUCUACUUUCCAAAAGGAUGUCUCUAUAUUACUACUUUAUUCAAAAGUCCUGGAAGCAGCCAUUCACCUGUGGGCAGAUAUUUUUUUCCCCCUUUUUGUAUUAAAAUUAUUCUCUGAGUGAGGAGGAUAAAAUAUGCUUUUUGAAUGACAUGUGAUGGUGGUUUGACUAGAUUUGUGGCAUGGAGGGGGCAGGGCAGUUUUUUCAACUCUUCCGGUCCCCUCUCCCACGGUCCACAUGAACUGGCCACAGCCAGAGCACAAGAGAGCCAUCUCUACCCCCAAAGGGUACACAUGAGACUCAGGAGCAUUGUCAGGCCUAGGAUACUAGACGACUUGUCCAGAUCCUGGCUUAUUAUAUAUAGGAGCUUUUGCCUCCUAUCUGUUUCAGAGGAGCUGCAGAACAGCUCCCUUUCCUAUUCUGCCUUCAUUUUGCCGUACAGCCUAAGGGGCUGCUUCUGUUAGCCAUUGCAAAGCCUAGGCAUCGUCCAGAGAACCUCCCUUCCUCAGAUGUUUAAUCGCUGCUUAUCCCAAAACUGUGGCCUGAAGAUGUCAGAGAAUUUCCCCUUGUCCGUUUCCUUUUCUUGCUCAUUGCUUUGUUCCCCAGCAAGCUCUGGCUUGCCUUCCCUUCCAGAAGCCCCCACAUCCUGGGCUUCUGGCAGACACUUGGCUGGGAGGUGAGGUUCCUUUCUUGUUGCUGUUUGAAACAUUCCCAUACCCUCUGCCAGUGCUCCUUUACUCUAAGAGCCAUAAACCUGAAGGGCUGGGGUGGGAGGGGGGCGCGGGUAGUGGCUGGGGGCUGCAAAGCAUGCUGUUGCAGUCUGAUUUCCAUGGCCGUAACUGCUGAGCUGAGAUUUUUGCCUUUGAAAUACAAAUCGGGUUCACUGCUGGGGGAGGGGGCAGGAUGCAAAGAGCCAUGCACCUUGCCUGUCCCCUCUGUGUUUAUGGGGCCUGAUGGGAUGCGAGGUAUACUUGGCUUUCAUAAAGGAUAAGAGAUCUUCCUUCUCAAAAGGAAGAUAGGAACUGUUCAGAGAGAGAGCUUUUAAGCACACUUGCCAAGAAACUGGGCAAAGGGCAAAUUUUGCCCUGACAUCUGAAUCUUGUGAACAGGCCUUUCUGUACACCUCUUUGCCCGUGCCAGAAAAGAGCCAGCCCUAGAUUUUUUAAAAAAGAAAAACUAACAGGAAUGACUACUGGAUCUUAUAAGUGUGUGAGGCCUUCCCAAGUCUAUCAAGGCAAACAGCAUGCAUUUCUUAUUCAAAUCAAGACACAACUGUGUUAUUUGGAAAGGCACCAGCUUUUGGAGACUGAAAAUGGAAGUUUUUGGCUUUUCUUAUGUGGAUUGUGCUUUGGUUUGACAAGAAUGCAUCUUCUUCCCCUUGGAGUGGGAAAGGUUUCCAAGUGAUGUGUUGUUUCGGUGAAGCUUAAUGAUUCUGUCCAAGUUCGUGGUGCCCUUAGAUAUCCUGCAGGCUUACAGGGAAGACAAGGGGUGCCCUGUUGUUUCUUGCAUGUUUCAGUAGGUGCCUCAGCCAUAUUUUACCUGGUCUAAUGCUUGCCUGCUUGCAUGGGCUACUGCAGAGCUGUGGGGGUUUGCUGAGUGAUAGUUCAUGCUUAAAAAAGUCAUCUAAGCACAUUCGUAGAGGUCAAGUGUGGCUGGAGAAAGGUGGCUAAUGAUGCAGUGUUCUCCCCCAUGAUAAAGAGCACCACACCUUUUUUGGUAUUUUUUAAAAACAACAACAGUAACAACAGUCCUAGUGACCUUGAAUCUGUGAGAAUUUCCCCCUCCAACAUUGCCAUAUCUUGUAGGUUCCUGGGGCGGUGAAGUUCUCACUUCAGGACUGUCCCAAAAAGAGAACAGUGGACACUAUUUUUGAGCACCUCUACCAAGCAAUGUACACUGUGCCGGCGGAUCAGAUUUACUGAUGCUUACCAAAGCAGAAAGUGUUUGGAGUGGUCCCUUCAAUGCUAUUGGGAGUGGUCUGUUCCAUGCUGGGCUUACUGGGACCUGUAACUUCAGCACAAAGGGGGCUUUUGUGAGCAUGAAAUAAACAUCUGAUCCACCCCAAAACAAGCCUAAUGCUUAAUAUGAUUGAUGUUCCCUUUUGCACUGAAUAAUACAUGCCUCUCUCAGGUAAUGUCCUUUUAUAUUUUCAACCAACUCAAUGUAAGCACUACACAUGUUGUGUGUGUUUGCCUAAAUACUAUCUGACAGUUCCCCAAAUACUCCUUUUAAGGAAGAGAUUCACUGACUGUUUUCACAGUUGUAGUUCCACUGAGAACUCAGUUAUAUACUUUCGGCCAGUGGUUUUAACCUGUGGGUCCCCAGAUGUUCUGGCCUUCAACUCCCAGAAAUCCUAACAACUGGUAAACUGGCUGGGAUUUCUGGGAGUUGUAGGUCAAAACACCUGGGGACCCACAGGUUGAGAACCACUACUUUAGGCCAAAGGUUCUCCACAUAUUGAUGGAGAGUUCCCAUCAGCUAUGGGCAGCAUAGUCAAUGGUGAGAGAUGAUGGGAAGGUAAUCCAGCAACAUCUGGAAGGCCGCAUUUUCCUCUUAUGUGAUCUAGGCAGUGAAUCAACAUUUGCCACGAUCCUAAGCAGGUGUAAGUUUUCAAAUAAAUUUCCAUAGAACUUACCAAAAACUGCAUUUAGAAUUACGGUUUCAUUGUAUUAUUAUUUAAAUGUCAUUUACAUUCCCUUGGAAGUUUAAAUACAGUUUAAAAUGUCAAGCAUUCCUGUUUUUGUAAACACACACACACACACACACACACACACACAUACACACACACACACACACCAAACACUCUCUUGUUGUAAAAGAAAGGUAUUUUUAUUAGAAAAGAAUCUAUAGAAAAUGAACGGGUAUUCCCUGAAAAAUACUUUUAAGAUACAGAUUAAGGAUUAAAGAUUGAUAAACUUAUUUUGAAAUAUAAAAUGUUUUUAUAUGGUUUCAUUUUUAAAAGAAUUCCUGGUUUGUACUAAUAGACUUGCAGCCAUCAGCCCUUUAUAUUACCUCACCCUCUCUGAUCCCGGCCAAGAGCUUUUCUUCCUGGCUAGGAGGGGGAAAGGGGGGGGGAGGGAGGGAGGACAAAUUCGUGAGGCUCAGUCGAGCCACUUUGUCCAAUUCUGAAGCCGUGGCAAAUGAAUAUGUAAGGAGGAUGUAAUAAGAAGUUCAAGGUUGAUAUUGCUGCACUAAUGGAAGGCUGCUGUUUGUUAGAUAUUGAAGUGGAUCAUGUGACCACCCAGAUAAAAACACAAUGCUCAAAUGCUAGGGGGAAAAUUCUAUCUGAAUAUAACCAACACAAACCCAUCCUAGGUACCUUGCUUUUAAACCUUGGCUCACAGCAGCAUAUUUUAAGCAGUAUUCUUUUUAAAAAAAUCACCAACAAACUUGUACUUUGAAAGAUCGAUCUCCUAAUGAUCCUUAUUGGAAACCUCCUUGAAGCUAAUGGUGAAUGUUUAGUAUAAUCAGAUGAAGGGGGAAAAGCAUGUGAAGGCAAAUAAAUCCAGUCCAAAUUGCCUGUGAUUUGCCAAAAACUAAAAAAGGGGUGAUAGUGAUAUAAUUGUAUAUAUUGUACAUUGUGAAAGAGGAUAAAUGUUUCUUGAGUUAUUGUUCUGUUGACCAAAGCUGUAUAUUUUUCCUGUUUCUUGCUAUCAAUCUUUACUGGGUUUCGAAUGAGUUGUUGUUCUAUUUUACAUCCACAGUCCACAUCAGCGGUUCUUAAAAUGCACUGUUUCUACUGGUUCGUCAUGCUUUUUUUUUUUCAUUUUACUGCUGAACAUGAAUUGUUGAGUUUAUUUUUACACAAUAAAGAGUGAUGAAAGACA